CCGGUUCGCUGCCGUGGAAAAUUCGAAAGGGUAACCGCAGUAUUCUAAAUUCCUCGGCUCCUCGUCCGGAUAUCUGUUACUCCAAUCCACUGCUGCCUCCUUUGAGGCAAAACGAUUUCUUCACCACUUAGAGGAGGAAUAAAUCAUGCAGCUAUUCGCGAUCUGAUGGCUUAGGGCUUCCACAUCUCUCACACAGUAUGUGUUUUAGGGCUUUACACUGACUUUCGGUAACAUUUGCUCAAUUACUCUCUUAAAUUGUUAAAUUGGUUCUUCCUUCGAUCCAUAUGUCGGCAACGAGGACGCUCAACCCGCUUACAGGAGCCACCAUUGAUCCGGCGCCGCUGCUCGGGGCGCGUGCCGGGGGCGGGUAUGAGCGCGGAUUGCGACCGUUGCCGCGGCCGAGCUUGAGGGGAGCGGCACGGUUUCUGCGGAGGGCCAGCAACCGCCGAAUGAUGAGGGAGCCGUCGAUGCUGGUGAGGGAGACGGCCGCAGAGCAACUAGAGGACCGGCAGAGUGAUUGGGCGUAUUCAAGGCCGGUGGUUUUCCUCGACAUCUUGUGGAACAUGGCGUUCGUCGUAGUAGCUGUUGGGGUUUUGGUUAUGAGCCGAGAGGAGAGGUCAACGAUGCCUCUGAGGCUGUGGAUCGCUGGGUACGUGCUACAGUGCGUGGUUCAUAUGAUCUGCGUUUGUGUUGAGUAUCAGAGGAGGCAUCCCCCGCGGCAAAUGGGAUCCGGGAACAGUGGGGACGGAAGCUUGGUGGUCGCGAGUCGCGGUAGCUCUGAUCCAGGCUCUCCAAUUGAUUUAGAGGGAGGUGUGGGAAACGGAAAUUAUGAUUUACAACGAGAUCAGGAUGAAGAAGGUACAAGCAUUGCGAAACAUCUAGAGUCCGGCAACACAAUGUUCUCAUUCAUAUGGUGGAUCAUUGGUUUCUACUGGGUGUCUGCUGGAGGCCAAGUUUUGACUCGUGAUGCUCCUCAACUCUACUGGCUUUGCAUUGUGUUUCUGGCAUUUGAUGUGUUCUUUGUUGUUUUCUGUGUUGCUCUGGCAUGCAUUAUUGGCAUUGCUGUUUGCUGCUGCCUACCAUGCAUCAUUGCAAUUUUAUAUGCUGUCGCAGAUCAGGAGGGAGCAUCUGAAGAGGACAUUCGCCACUUGCCAAAGUUCAAAUUUCGAAGAACUGGAGAUUUUGAAAAACCUAGUGAGAUAUCAAAAUCUUCUGGAGGUGUAAUGACUGAAUUUGGAGAUCCUCAUAACGAGAUUGCUCUUUCAUAUGAGAAUGCAGUAAGCGCUUUUAACUUUUCCAGACUUAGAAUACAUAUGAAAGUCCAAUUUGGUCUUAUUUACUUGGUGGCUUUGCAUAUGAUAUUAUAUAUGUUAUGAAGUGAUUAUUUCUUUUCAUGUAUGGCUAUGAAAUCUUCUCAUCAUGAAUCACUUGUUCAUUAAUGCUUGAAUUAUCAUUUAGCAUUGGUAUUGGUAAUUUAAUUGUGCAUUUUAACAUUUUAUAGUCCAGUUUCAUGUUGUUCAAUUUGAAUCAUGUCCCCUGUAAUUUGCUCAACUCAUGUGCAUCUCACUCUGAAUUGUAGCAACAUCCUGGCAUAUCCCCCGUUUGAGGGAAAUUUGAAGAGCUAGGCCUUUCCACCACGCUAAGAA